AUCAAAAAUUAUGAAUAAUUUAAAACCAAUUUUUUAAUAAGUCUCUACAGACUUCCGGGAUUAGAAUAUUAUACAAUUAUUUAUAUAUAAAAAUCUCUUUUUCUGUUGCAACUACUUAAUUUUUGUAUUUCGAAAAUUGUACUAUUUUUUGUUGCCAAAGUAAUUUUUGUACACUAAUAGUAUUAUAAUAUGGAAGAAAAGGGCAAUCCGAACAGUAUAAAACUUCCAGACACACUUGAAGUUUUCCGAAACUUGAAAAACGCCAAGCAAUUUGCCAUCGAUAUCGGUGGUUCACUGACGAAAAUAGCAUACUACUCGACUGUAUCAUUCAGACGAGUAUAUUAUGCGGCCGAUGACAUUAAUAAAGACAGUAGUAAAACCGAAGAUGAUAAACAGGACAAAUUCGUUUACACGUAUUCUGAACAAGCGCGGUUACAUUUUGUAAAGUUUGAGACAAAAUACAUUGAAAAUUGUUUAGACUUCAUUGGUGACAACUUGGUUAAUACUGAUGAACGGAAAGGAAAAAGUAUCAAAGCCACGGGUGGAGGUGCACAUAAGUACAGCAAACUCAUUCAAGACAAAUUGGGCCUAUCCGUUGACAAAGAGGAUGAAUUAACCUGCCUCAUCAAAGGUUGUAAUUUUUUGUUGAAGAACAUUAGCGAUGAAGCGUUUGUCUACCAUAGACACGGCAGUCCAGAGUAUGAAUUUCAAGUGGCCGAUCCUCAUGUAUUUCCGUACAUGUUAGUCAAUAUUGGUUCUGGUGUGAGCAUAUUGAAAGUAGAAUCUGAUGACUGUUACGAGCGAAUCGGCGGCACAGCGACCGGCGGAGGCACGUUCUGGGGCCUCGGUACGCUGUUGACCAAAGCGAAAUCGUUCGACGAGCUGCUCGAAUUGGCCGAAAAAGGAGAUCACAGAAAGGCCGACAUGCUCGUUAAGGAUAUCUAUGGCGGCGAUUAUCAAAAUCUUGGCAUGCACUCGGAUUUGAUCGCCUCGUCAUUUGGUAAAGUAUGUCCAAGACGUAAUUCAGAAAGUGAUUAUAACGAAGCGGACUUAGCCAGAAGUUUGUUGUUUUCAAUCAGCAACGACAUUGGCCAAAUCGCUUGUUUAUAUGCGAUGAUGCACAAUUUAAAAAAAGUGUACUUCGGAGGAUAUUUCUUGAGAAACCAUUCGCUAAGUAUGCACACUAUUUCUUUCUCGAUAAACUUUUGGUCUCGCGGCACAGUGCAAAGCCUUUUCCUUAGACACGAAGGCUAUUUGGGAGCGAUUGGAGCCUUUUUGAAAGGUACCGAGGAAUGUGAUGGCGACAAGUUUUCGUGGCAAGAAAAUUAUGCUGGCAGUGGAAGCAACAGUACACGCCUGACGGGCGGAAAACGAGUGGAUCAACUGGAACUCGAUCGUUGGGAAUCUCCGUUAACGUUUUGUCCUUUACUGAUGGAUCCGGCCAGCUAUAUUCCUGAUACCGUCGAUUUGAAUUCUGACAAAGAAGCCAGGGAAUAUUGGUUGGACUGUUUUGAACAAAGCAUUGAAAAUUAUGUAAGUUACGCCGUCGCCAGUCAACCAACUAGCGAUACAGCCAAAUCUCGAUCUGAGAAAUUUAAAGAGAAAUUCAUAGCCAGAGUAAAGUUGCUGAGAAUCAAACCUUUUACUUAUGGCAAUUUGACUGUAAGAGGUCUUCUGGACACUAUUAAUCAUUGUCUAAAAGAAUUUGAUUUUCCUGACCCUUACUUAACUCAAAAACGAACUGAAAACGAGGAAGCGUUAAGUUGUUUGCAAGAGCGUUUGACAGAAUUGGAUACUUUAAAUGUGAAGAACCGUCAAGUAGAAUUAAUUAUGGGUGUUUUGGCGGGAAACACUUUUGAUUGGGGCGCCAAAGAAACUGUUGCUCUGAUGAAAUCGGGACAGUUUGACUUUAAACAAGCUCGAAACAAAGUUCCUGCCAGACCUUGGUUAAUGGAUUACUUGGACGAUUGGGUACAAAAGAUAUACAACGAGAAGUAUAAAAGAAUCGCCAUUUUCAUCGACAACAGUGGAUUCGACAUUGUACUGGGAAUAUUGCCAUUGGCCAGGGAGUUCCUUCGUCAAGGCUCAACUGUGAUACUGUGUGCGAAUUCUGCUCCGGCGCUCAACGAUGUUACGCAUUCCGAACUGGUAGUUUUGUUACGACACGCGUCGUCCAUUUGUCCCGUUAUCGCCAAAGGCUUGGACGAAGGCGCACUGAAAUCAAUGGAAACAGCUCAGGGCGGUCCUUGUUUGGAUCUGAGUCGUUUGGGACGCGAGUUGGCCAACGAAUUAAGUACUGUCGACUUGAUCGUACUGGAAGGAAUGGGCCGUGCCGUCCACACAAAUCUGGACGCAAAGUUCACUUGUGAUAGUCUCAAAUUAGCCAUAAUCAAAAACAGAUGGCUAGCAAAGCGGCUGGGCGGGGACAUGUUUUCCGUUGUGUGUAAAUACGAAACGCCCAGAAUCGCUAAGGAGAAAGCGAUCGCUCAAGCUAUAUUAUAGUUACGCUUUUGUACUAUCUUUAUUUUUUUAUGUAAUUGUGUAUGACAUUAGUGACGGGAAUCCAAAAGUCCGGUUUUUAAAAAAAAACUGUAUUUCAGCCACUUAAAAAGUCAUUUAAUUAUUAAAUAUUAUUACAUUAUAAAGCUUUGUACUUAAGAAAAAAUUUUUGAUGAAAAUUUAAAAAUAUAACAGACAUAAAAGGCUUUUGAAUUUCAACAAAUCAAAAGUCCAAAAGCAAAUUUUCUUUUUGGUGUUGUAUGUUUUAUUUUUAUAUAUUCAUCAAAAUUAUUUUACUUAGGUACACAACUUUAUAUCGUAAAAAUAUUUAAUACUUUUAAGUGGCUUAAAUAGCGUUUUUUUUUUUUUGUGCAAGUACGGAUUUUCAGAUUCCCAUUAUUAGUGCAUAUGCAAGUAUUGGCAUAAGGGUUACUUUUUUAUUAUUUUUAUCCCAAAUUUUUGUUUACAUCUUAGUACAAUAAUUUCAUUUUGAUAACAGUUACAAAAGUUGUGUCAAUAAUAUUUUUUGUUUUUUUUUAAAUGUUUUUAUUAUGUAUUAAGCUCGGGGGAACUGGCAAGUGGGACAUUAAUGCUCUGGUGGCCGCUCUCAAUCCAAUCGCGACACAUUCUUCUUGUGGUUUUCCUUGUAAAAUUCCAGAAAUGUAACCAGCACAUAGACUGAAACAAAAAAAUCACUUUGUUAUUGAUAAUUCAAUUUUUUGUUAAAAUAUUUAUAGUUUUAAGUUGAUGCCAUUUAUUAUACUAUUCAUAAAUUAUUGUUGUUAUAUAAUGGAUGUAUUAAUAAACAAAUAUUAGUUAAAUAACUAGUAAAUAUAUUUUUUUUUAUUAACUUUAUUUGUAAAUAUGAUAACUAAGGUCCACCUUGUAUUCAGCUAAAAGUAAAAUAAUAUAAUAAUCUUAUUUUUUUGCCAUGAUGUCAAAGAACAUAUUUUGUUCUGGUAUAUUUAAUUGUCCAACAAAAUGCCACGUUAAGGGCCGACCGACGACAUUUUUCAUAAUUUUCAAAUUUUUCUACAAAUUUGGAUGCAAUUUAUUUGUUAACAGAAAAACAAAUCACACAGCUUUGAUAAUUGAAUAACUAAUAUAUUUUGUACAGAUUAAUCAAUUACAUUAUUAUUAUUACUAGCUUUAAAUAUGGAUAGACAAAUUUGAGAUAGACCAUUAUAGAGUCAUGGCAAACGAACGGAUUGAUGAAAAUUUAAAAUUCAAACGCUAAAAUAUAUUUUGUCUACAUAUUUAUGGAACUAAAAACAUACGGAUUUUUU